UGUUUUAGAGAAUUUUCUCUCCUUUUUAUUGAUAAUAAUUAUUAUGUCACUCGGAUAUAAUACGAAAAAAGAAAUUACGCUGAAAAUUCCAGUUUCAACACCUUUUAAGACAACCGGAGACUCCAGUUUUGUUGCCUAAGCCAUGUCUCUGCCACGUCACCGGCCUCGCUCACAGUUCUCACCACCGCCAGAAGAUGAACCGUACAAUAUUAUCCCCAUGCAUAAUCUCCACAUAGAUCAUCCCGGCCUCCGGUACCCUCAAGUACACGUCGUCCUAUCGUCCUUGCGCAACGUAGGUGACCUACGAAAGCCACCAUUCUCCCCGUGGGUUCCUUCCAUGGACCUCCUCGAUUGGUUGGGACUAUUCUUUGGGUUCCAACACGAUAACAUAAAGAACCAAAGGGAACACCUUGUUCUCCACUUGGCUAAUGCUCAUAUGCGCCUCUCUCUGCCACCGGCCGACAACAAUGGAACCUUCCAAGUCAUAGUCGUCCGCGAAUUCCGCUGUAAGCUACUCGAAAACUACAGUAACUGGUGUUCUUACCUGGGGAAGGCAUCCAACGUUGACAGUUUAGAUUCUGAUACUCGUAGAGAGUUGCUUUACGUUGGACUGUAUUUAUUGAUAUGGGGAGAAUCCGCGAAUUUGAGGUUCAUGCCUGAAUGCAUCUGCUACAUUUUUCAUCACAUGGCCAUGGAAUUGAACAAAAUCCUAAAAGAUUACAUUGAUGAAGACACGGGACGGCCAUGGAUACCAUCGCUAUCAGGGGAAAACGCGUUUCUAAAUCGCGUUGUAAAGCCAAUAUAUGAUACGAUCAAGGCCGAGGUAGCGAAAAGCAAAAAUGGAACCGCUCCCCAUGAUACGUGGAGGAACUAUGAUGAUUUCAACGAGUACUUUUGGAGCAAGAGUUGUUUUCAUACUCUCAACUGGCCACUUGAUUUCUACAGUAAGUUUACAAGUGAAAGGAAAACCGGGUUUGUUGAACGCAGGACGUUUUGGAACGUCUACAGAAGCUUCGACAGGCUAUGGGUGAUGUUGUUUCUCUUUCUUCACAUAAUGGUAAUCUUGGCCUGGGAGGAGAAGAAGUUUCCAUGGCUGGCUUUGGAUAACAAGGAUGUUACUGUUCGAGUUUUAUCAUUGUUCAUCACUUGGAGUGGAAUGAGGCUUUUCCAUGCUUUACUUGAACCAGCUAUGGAGCUUAGUCGUGUUUCGAGACAUACGUGGGGACUGGUCCUUAGGAUGGUGCUAAGGAUUUUGGUUGCUGCAGCAUGGACUGGCACUUUUGUGAUUUGUUACACAAGGAUUUGGGUGCAAAGGUACCUCGACAAGCAUUGGUCUAAUGAGGCUAACCAAAGGAUCAAGCCCAUGAUUAGCACAACAAAACAAUUGUUGGAUUCAACAAUUGCAGGCUGUGAGGGGGACUGCAAAGCCAUCUUCAGUGUUAGCAACAUGUUCAUUAUUGGAUUGUUGUGGGUGCCUGUGGUGUUGAUUUACUUGGCUGAUACUCAGAUUUGGUACUCAAUCUAUUCUCCCUUUGUGGGGGCUGCCAUGGGGUUGCUGCAACUGUUGGGUGAAAUUCGAAACAUCGAGCAGCUGCGAUGGUGGUUUCGGUUCUUUGCCACUGCCAUUCAAUUCAAUUUGCUGCCACAAGAGGAAAUAAAAAUCACUGGUGGAUCUUUCAGGGAAAAACUGUGUGAAACCAUUCAUCAGCUGAAGGUGAGAUGUGGGCUGCAGCUGCCUUUAAAAAUGGUCGAACUCAAAUCGAACCAGGUUAAGGCUAACAAGUUUGCUUUAAUAUGGAAUGAAAUAGUUACCACAUUUAGGGAAGAAGAUAUGAUAUCUGAUCAAGAGGUUGAGCUACUACAGUUGCCUCUGAAUUCAUGGGAAAUCAGGGUCAUUCGUUGGCCUUGUUUUCUUUUGGCGAAUGAGUUGCUACGUGCUCUUGAUCUGGCUACGGACUUACAUGAUGCGCCGGAUAACUGGCUCUGGUAUAAAAUAUGCAAGAAUGAGUAUAGGCGUUGUGCUGUGAUUGAAACAUAUGAUUGUGUCAAGUAUUUGAUGCUUCAUAAACUAAUCAAAAGCAAUACCGAGGAGCAUUCCAUUCUCAAAGCCUUGUUUCGAGAAAUUGAUCAUUCUAUCGAGACCGAGAAGUUCACUAAGACAUUUAGAACGAUUGCACUGCUUCAAAUCCAUUCCAAGUUGAUAAAACUUGUUGAGCUGUUGCUUGAACCAAACGAGAGUGUGAAUGAGAUUGCUGAUGCUAUGCAGUCACUUUACGCAAUUGUUGUUCCUUACCUUUUCAAAGCAAAGACAAUGGACCAGUUGAGGGAAGAUGAACUGGCUCCCAAGAGCCGAUCCGCCAUGGCAAGGUGGCUAUUUAAGAACACAGUUGAGUCGCUGGAUCCUAGUAACAAGGACUUCUAUAUGCAGGUUAAGCGCUUGCAUACAAUUCUUACCAGCAGGGACUCGAUGCAUACCAUUCCUGUUAAUAACGAGGCAAGGCGUCGACUUGCUUUCUUUAGUAACUCACUCUUUAUGAAAAUGCCUCGAGCUCCUCAAGUGAAGAAGAUGAUAGCUUUCAGUGUCCUUACCCCUUUCAACGAUGAAGAUGUGUUGUACAGCAAAGAAACACUCAAAACUAAGAGCGGAGAUGGGAUUUCCAUCCUGUAUUAUUUGCAGACCAUUUAUGAUGAUGAGUGGAAGAACUUCAUCGAAAGAAUGCGUAGAGAGGGAAUGGUGACAGCAGAUGAAAUAUGGACAACCAAGUUAAGAGAUUUAAGGCUUUGGGCAUCUUAUAGAGGCCAGACAUUUGCACGCACGGUCAGAGGCAUGAUGUACUAUUAUCGAGCUCUAUUGCUGCUAGCUUUUCUCGAUUCUUCAACGGAGACGGAUAUUACCAUAACAAAAGAAGAAGAAGGUAUUGCUUUGAUGAAGUAUACAUAUGUUGUUUCAUGUCAGAAGUAUUGGGAACAUAAGGCCAUAGGGGACCCUCGUGCUGAAGAAAUCAUUGAUCUUUUGAAACACAAUGAAGCCCUUCGGAUGGCCUAUGUUGAUCAAGUUUCAACAGGGAGAGAUGAGAAGGAAUAUUAUUCGGUUCUCAUUAAGUACGAGCAGCAAUUACAACGGGAGGUGGAGAUAUAUCGAAUCAAGUUGCCUGGUCCAAUGAACAUUGGAGAAGGGAAACCAGAGAAUCAAAACCAUGGCAUUGUCUUCACUCGUGGUGAUGCAGUUCAAACUAUUGAUAUGAACCAAGACAACUAUUUUGAGGAAGCACUAAAAAUCCGUAACCUGUUGGAAGAAUUCAAGCACCAUCAUGGAAUCCAUAGACCAACUAUAUUGGGAGUUAGAGAACAUAUUUUCAGUGGCUCUGUUUCGUCAGUUGCUUGGUUUAUGUCAGCACAGGAAACGAGUUUUGUUACCUUAUUUCAACGUCUCUUUGCAAAUCCGCUGAAAAUCCGAAUGCAUUACGGCCAUCCCGAUGUGUUCGAUAGGCUUUGGUUCAUGACUCGUGGCGGCCUUAGUAAAGCCUCCAAAGUGAUUAAUAUCAGUGAGGACAUUUUUGCCGGCUUCAACUGUAUUUUGCGAGGGGGCAGUGUCACACACCAUGAAUACAUUCAAGUUGGCAAAGGACGAGACCUCGGAUUGAAUCAAAUAUCAACCUUUGAAGCGAAGAUAGCUUGUGGGAGUGGUGAACAAUUCCUCAGCAGAGAUGUUUACAGGUUGGGUCAAAGACUUGAUUUUUUCAGGAUGUUAUCAUUCUUUCACACAACAAUUGGAUAUUUCUUCAAUACAACAGUGAUCAUCCUUUCUGUCUAUGGAUUCCUGUGGGGUCAACUUUAUCUAGCUCUCAGUGGUGUUGAAAAUUGCAUUCUAGGGUACGAUAACAACAGCAAGAAGGCACUGAGCGCUGUUAUCAAUCAAGACCUCAUCAUCCAGUUUGGUCUCUUUACAACACUUCCAGCAAUACUCGAGAGCUACGUCGAGAACGGUUUCCUUGAAGCCAUUUGGGAAUUCUUGAUUAUGCAGCUCCAGCUUUCAACUGUUUUCUACACAUUCUCAAUGGGAACGCGUGCACAUUUCUUUGGUCGGACCAUCCUUCACGGAGGUGCAAAGUAUCGACAAACCGGGCGUAAUUUUGUCGUACAACACACAAGUUUCGCAGAGAAUUACAGAUUGUACGCACGCAGCCAUUUCAUAAAGGCCAUAGAGUUUGGAUUGAUUCUCAUGGUUUAUGCAACAUACACCCCAUCAGCCAAGCUCACAUUUUUUUACCUAGACAUGUCAGUCACAUGUUGGCUCCUAGUUCUCUCAUGGAUAUUUGCUCCCUUCCUAUUCAAUCCUUCGGGUUUCGAUUGGCUAAAGACCGUACACGACUUUGAUGAUUUCAUGAACUGGAUUUGGUACCGCGGUGGCAUGUUUGCAAAGGCUACAGAAAGCUGGGAAAGUUGGUGGUACGAGGAGCAGCACCAUUUAGUCAUAACCAGCCUAUGGGGAAAGCUACUGGAAAUCAUUUUGAACCUACGUUUCUUCUUUUUCCAAUAUGGAAUUGUAUACCAUCUGGGAAUAUCAGGCCAAAGUAGGAGUGUUUUCGUUUACUUGUGGUCUUGGAUCUUCAUAUUCGCAGCAUUCGGAAUCUAUCUAACGAUGUCGUAUGUUCGGGACAAGUACGGAGCAAAAAAGCAUAUAUAUGCUAGGCUGGCUGAAUUCCUUUUGAUGGUACUUGGUAUACUUGCUAUUAUUGCUCUGAGGCGGUCCACAGCCUUCAAAAAUGUUGAUAUUUUCACCAGCCUGUUGGCUCUUGUUCCUACUGGUUGGGGACUUAUAUCCAUAGCUCAGGUAUUUCGACCCCUUCUUCGGCAUACCAGACUGUGGGACUCUGUGGUUUCCUUGGCUCGAUACUAUGAGAUGAUGUUUGGAGUCAUAGUGAUGGGUCCAGUGGCAGUUUUAUCAUGGACGCCUGGGUUCCAAUCAAUGCAAACAAGGAUUCUAUUUAAUGAUGCAUUUAGCAGAGGCCUGCAAAUGUUCAAGAUUAUCACACACAAAGUACAUCAAAAGGAUGUCUAAGCUUAACUUACUAUUGUACCUCAUUUUUAAUAAAUAUAUUUAUUGGCAUUACUUUUAAUUAUUAUCAUAAUCAUUUCAAUUAAA